GGUUCUCAUGUAACGCCUCUGUCUUUAGCUCAACCCCCUCAGAGGGUAUAAAAGAUCUGAGAGCAGCUCCAUUCAGGCUUUAGACCUGCAUCACCUGCGUCUAUCUCACACUGCAAUCCAGUCCUAUUGCAAUGCUGUCCCGGACGCUGGUUGUUCCGUUGAUCUUUGCAUUAGUGGGUGUCUCUAUUUCUGCACCAAUAAAUGAUGGAACUGAUAAUGAUGAGGCGACUGCAUCCCUGCUACAUAUCUUCAGUGUUCAGUUUAAUGGAGUUGUUCCAACUCAAGUCCCUGUAAAUGGAGACUCAGGAACUACAGACGGGAAAGAUUCAUCAGAGAAACAAGGAGGUCCAAGUGACUCGUCUGACACCACUGAAAAGCCAGAGGCUGACAGUGUUCCUGACUCACCAGACACAAACAGUGACACAAGCCUGGAUGAAACCACCGGCGGCCCAGAUUCAAUAGACACAACAGAUAUUGAUACGGACAAAGACACAGAUACUAAUACUAAUACAGAAACAGAUUCAUCGCAGCAGAAGACAGCCGAUUCAGGUGAGAACAGUGAGAAACCAUCAGCGGAGGACAGCACAGAUGCUGAUCAUGUUGAUGCAGAUUCAAAGGAAAAGGAAUCAGCAGACACAGAUGAGAAGGCAGACACUGGUUCAGUUGAAACAGACGGAGAUUCUGCUAGUGUGGAAAAGAACGAAUCUGAUGAUUCGCCUGAUGAUGCCGACAAAACUUCUACAGAAGCUACAGAUGAUACAUCUGACAAGGAUUCUUCAGACACAGAUGAGCAGCAGGACUCUGACGAUUCUGACAAAGACAAAACGGAUGGAGACACAGAUGAAAAGAGCGAUGAGAAAGACGAGAAAGACUCCAGCAACGACACUAGCAAAGACUCAGAAGACGAGGGUCGAGAAACCUCUGAGACGCCAGACAAAAGCGACGCAGACAGCGGCUCAGAUACCGAUGAGGUGAAAGAUUCAGACGAUUCCAAAGAUCAGGAUUCAGAUUCGACAGACACUGACAGCACAGAGAAGAAAGAGAAAGACCAGGACUCUGACAGCGGCACAGACGCCAGCAGCGACCAGGACACGGCAGAUUCCCCUGACGCAGCAGACGUCAAAGACAGCGCUGAGGAUAAAGACAAGGACAACAGCGAUCCGAAAGACACAGAAGACGAUGGAGACAGCGAGAAGGACUCCAAAGAGAAGGAGACCAAUGACAAAGACAGCGACGAGGGAAAAGAUAAAGAAGAUGAAUCCAAACCAGAUGAACAGAACAAGGAAGACGCCACCUCGAAAGAAGACGCCACAGCCAGUCAGUCUGACGAGAGUCCGCUGGAAGAAAUGACAGAAGACAAGCAGGAAGACAAGCCAGAUUCUGACAACUCCAGCCUAGACUCAAACUCAGACUCGGACUCGGACAGCAAAGAUAAAGACCAGGACAAAGUGAAGAGCAGCACAGAGUCCACAGACACAGAAAGCUCUGACAGUGACAGCAAGAGCGACACGGACAGCUUAGAAACAGGAGGGGAAGACACUGAUGAAGACAAUGACUCCAGUGUGGAAAAAGCACAAGAUUCUCCUGAUGGUGCAUCAAUAGAGACAAAUGACUCUGAUGAUGAUUCCAAUGAUGACCAUGACAAUGACUCAACAGAUGCUACGACAUCAGUCGAGGAACACACUGAUGAAAACACUGAUGCAGACAGCCGUGAUACUUUAGGUGAUGAUGACAUUUCCGAUGAUGAAAUCGUGGUUGAAGAUGGCACAGAUGCUGCUUCUAAAACAAAUGACGAACAAGAUCAUCUUGAUGACACAACACAAGGAUCAGAUGAUGGCAGCAAAACCCCAAUGCCAAGCUCCUAGCGACCAGGACUCUACAAAAACAUUGUAACAGAUUUUUCCUGGAGAGACGUAAAAAGAAUCAACUGAGACAGUCAAGAUAACCAGAGUUUCACAUCCCAUUAAAACACAUUGACACGUCCCUCUCUCUCUCUCUCUCUCUCUCUCUCUCUCAUAUGGUGAAGGUUCUUUUCUAAGGGUUCUGGGAUGCAGAUUAAAUUAUUCGGCUGUUUGGUGUACAUUCCAUUUUUUUUUAACUUUGUCCUAAUUCUAGAACGUUUGAUAUAUUAAUUUUACCAAUGUUAGAUGGAAAUACACAAUGAGGGUCUGGAAUUUCGAACCUUAUGUAUCUGUCUGUUUGCGUAGAGUCUAAAUAUAUUUCGUUUGAAAGUGACACAUUAAACCUAGAGAGUAGAACUAACUGAAGGAAUUUUGAGAAAGCUCCCGAGACCAAACAAUUCGGGUCUGAUGAAAUGUUGACCAAAACAUCAAACCUGUCCUGGUUCCUUUGGUUUGUCCACAUGGUGUCCCCAUCCUUGACACUGACUGAAAGACUGCAGCUGCUACAAAGAGAAACUUCUUUUCUUGACUCUCAGAUAAACGCCGACCUGAUGUCACAGUAUGAGAUAUUUUCUGCCCACCCAAAAAAUGAUUUAAGACUGUACAGACAAUUUCUGAUAGAAUCUCUGAUGUCUAUGUCUCUGUGGAGGAAUACUAAUAAACUAGCAAUGUAAGAGCAGAUUGUUCUGAAAACUGUUAAAAAAUAAUUUUGUAUAGAUUUAAAGUCAUUUUAAUAUGUACACAGGGAGCAAAACUAAUAAAGACUGGGUUGUCAGAAAACCAAA